AUGGAGAAAUACGAGAAUAUCGAGGUGGUGGGCGAGGGUAGCUACGGAAUCGUGAUGAAGUGUCGACACCGCGGAACCGGGCAGAUGGUGGCGAUAAAGAAAUUCUUGGAGACGGAGGAGGACCUGCAGGUGCGGAAGAUAGCAAUUCGCGAGAUAAGGGUGUUAAAGAAAUUACGCCAUGAGAAUCUGGUGAACAUGAUCGAGGUAUUCCGUCGCAGGAAAAGGCUGUACCUCGUUUUCGAGUAUCUUGAUCACACGGUGCUGGAUGAACUGGAGGAGACCGAGGGUGGCCUCGAUUGGGAAAGAUCGAGGCGACACAUCUUCCAGAUCCUCCGCGGUUUGGACUUUUGUCACAAUCACAAAAUCAUGCAUCGUGACAUAAAACCUGAGAACGUGCUGGUAUCGCCGAACGGGGUUAUCAAGCUGUGCGAUUUUGGCUUCGCACGUUACAUCACUAACGAAUCCUGUACUGAUUACGUAGCCACUAGGUGGUACCGCGCACCGGAGCUUCUCGUUGGCAAUCCCAGGUACGGUAGAGCGAUCGACGUCUGGGCGGCUGGAUGCCUCUACGCCGAGAUGGUCAGCGGACAACCGCUCUUUCCCGGCGACAGCGAUGUCGAUCAGUUGUAUCGCAUCAUGAAGGUCUUCGGUCCCCUUUACGGCAGGCACUCGAUAAACAGCAGCGGCCGCGUGAAUCUGCUACGACGCGCGAUCGCCGACGAGAUCUCGGGUUCGCCGCGACCCGCGACCACAGCUCUCCUCCAUCUCUUCCCCACAUGGAACUCAGUAGCGAUAGACUUCCUGGCGCAGUGUCUCUGCACGGAUCCCGACGUCAGGCCCAAGUGUCCUGCGUUGCUGCAGCAUACGUUGUUCUUACAGGAUGGCUUUGCUGACGGGUUCCUCGACGAAUUACAGCGACUCGUUGCGAAGGAAUCCGCGAUGAAUCCACUCGCGACCAAAAGACCGGAAAUGCGGCCCAGGAUCUGUCGCAGCAGUAUUGGAAGGUGGCAGAUGACGUUGAUCAAAGAGAAGAGAGCGGCGAAUAAAAAGACAGAGUUGGCUGAGACUGCGGAGAACGAGAAUUCACGGAGAGAUCGAGCCGAUCGGCCGCUGCAGAUAAAUCGACCGCGCGAAUUACGUUACUUCGGCCCGGUCUCGGUGAUACCGAACACUACGUAUAUCCGACGGUUAGAACAUAAAGGACUGCUGAUGCCCGAUUCGAAAGGUUGCGUCCUACCAGCUCUGACGUCGAAGACGAACGCCAAGAGAAAAAAGCUCGAUCUUCCUGGCAUAAAAAAUCGUUGAGAAUUUAUUAAGGAUUGCAAAUACUUUCUUUCGGAUAUUAAUAUCGAGAGAAGUUAAAAGUCUGUACAGAGAAACUCCUUAAGUGUUGUGUGGAAUGUCAGAGAAGCGUGUCAAGUAUGUAUAUAUUCUUUAUAUGUAUAUUCUGUGAAUAUAAAUUCUGAAAUGAAUAAAUGUAAAAUUGUCGAUAGAGAAGGGAGUCGGACAGUGUUCGUCUUUCACGAAGAGAUCAACAAUUCGCAACCACUUGACAUGUUUAAGGGGUUUUUUAUUUCGGAAUUGCAUCCAUCUUUGAAAUAUAUAAUUAAUAUCUCGCAACGGACGCGUUGACCCUGCAGCAAAUGCGACGGGAAGAAAGAAGGAAUCUUCGCCGGACGCGAAAAAAUCACCGACACACAUACUUUUGUUUCCCUGUUUUCUUUUUCCCCCUCGGCUGACGCCGUGCCGAAACUAAGAACUCGAGAAGAUGAGAGAACAUGAUUUCUCCUUUGGUAUCGCUCGCUAUCGAGAGAGACGUCGGGAUAUUCUUUGUCUACAUUUUACUCAGAAUAUUCAUUAUAUCGCUUCCUUUCUCUCACGCAUUUUCUUUCUCUUCUCUCUCUUUCUCAAUGUCCCUCUUUUUCUCGCGAGAACUUAAAUUAUGUGCAUCGAAAUGCUUCGCGUACUCAAUGCUCAGAUUUGUCAUAAAUUAAAAAUUAAUACAUAUAUACGUUUUAUAUAUUCAUUAAAUUAUAUCUUUAAAAGUUUUUAAAUUAUAUAUUCGAGAGUCACGUCCCACAAUUGUGUAACGAUCCUUUUGACAAAUUUGUCAAAGCUUUGUUUUCUUUUUUUUCAAAAUCUUGUUUGCUUGCGAUAAGGUAAUAUUCCAUAACUUGUUCAAUUACUUGUGAAUAUCAGAUCGAUGUCGAUGUCGAUCUCAAUUGCGAAUUUCUCAAAUUUAAAGCUACUUCAAGACUUUAUACGUUGCAAGAUUAAUUUUCAAUUAUUAUUGCAAUACUAUUGCAUUAUGUUACAUAAUUUUUCAUCGCGCUCUUGUCUCUCCAUGGCAGGACAAUAAAUUUCUCUUGCGCUAUCUCUUCCUCUCCAGAUGCUUCACUACCUGCUCCUUUCUAGAUUUUGAGCGAACACACACAGAUACACGUACAUCAUACAGGCAUAGUUCACACGCAUGUACACCCGCACACACAAGCACACAUAUCAAUUUCUACAAUUUCGUUCUGCAUUCAGAAUUUCUGAUCGUCACGCGAAUUUUUCUAUCUUUUAGUUUUUUUUUUAGAAACCGAUCGACUUCAGGAACCGAUCAGGCUCGCAACAACUUCACUGUCAAUCACCAAGAUGUUGCACAGAAUCCGGGCGAUCCCCUCGCAAAGCAAUCCGCUCGCUAGUUAGCUCGCUAGCCGGAGAAAAUCCGCGUAACGAAUUCGCUUCGCGUUUGUGGAGGACCGUUAUAAGGCACUUUCAUCUGCACUACAAAAUUGCAUCGUUAGAUUGAACAUCAUGCGUGUACGUACACUAAGAACGUGCGUUCUAACAAAUAUAUCAGUACUUUCCGAAACUCACUAUACUACUUGCUAAAGAAAGCGCGCGACUCGAGUACACAAGAGACGGGAAUUCGCUAAAAGGCAUUUAAAAGCGCAAGGCACUUGCACUUGCUUGAAUUUAUCAUACUCGCGAAUGAUGCGCGCGUCGUCAUCUUUCCUCACAAACACUUGUGAAACAUUAGUUGGACCUAUAUACGUCAUUCUCAAGCGCGUCUCGGAUCUGCGAUGGGUGGUUCGCCCGGGACUGCUUCCUGUCUGCUGCUACUCGGAUCGGGAUUUCC